UAUAGAGCUUGGAUGUCCAGGUUGUGUUGCAGGUUUUUGUUUAGACUAAAAUGGAGAAGAAAGACUUGAAUAAGUGGCCUGAGGGGGAUACGAGGUCUGCUUACAUCUGUUCCUCAUGGAGAUGUGUUGCAUUAGCAGCCAUACUGAUUCUUCUCAUCAUUGGAGGUUCUGUGGGCUUCAUGACCGCUUACUUAGUACAAGAGGAGCACUAUUUCAUGGAAACGGUGCAAUUACAAGGACUCAGUUACGAUCAAGCGUUGCAAGACAAAACAUCAGGAUUUUCUAUAGUUCUGUCAACGACUUUGAAAGCAAAGAUCAGAAAUAUCUUUAGCAGCUCAUCAAUCGCCAGUCAUUUCACCGACUGCCAGAUAGUUGCAUUCGGGAACAUCGAGGGGGAUGUGAUGACCACUUUUCGUCUGGUUUUCCUGGUUGCGCAAGUCCAGGGGUUCACGGAGAACUUCAUUCAAGACGUUCUCCGUUCUGGACUGAAGGCAAUGCUGAACGGGAAGCCAAUAGUUGUGCCAGAAUACGGAGAGAUUGAGAGCGUCAUUCUGCUUGGGUCAAGCGGAAAGUCAUUCUAUUCAAUCGGAAAUGACAUCAGUAAAUGUCCUGAGAACACAUUCACUUGUGAAAACGGCGAGUGCGUCACAAAGCUCAACCCAGAGUGUGACUUUAUAUCCGACUGUGUGGAUGGUUCAGAUGAAGCUUAUUGCUCAUGUGGAACGCGUCCAGUCAUGGAUGACCGUAUUGUUGGGGGUGAGAACACCCGUCAUGGUGAGCUACCCUGGCAGGUCAGCCUCCGCCUGCAGGGACGUCACACGUGUGGAGCAUCCAUCGUCAACAACCGCUGGCUCGUCAGCGCCGCUCAUUGUUUUGAAACAGACAACAACCCAAGCAACUGGACGGCUUUAGUGGGAGCCAAUUUGGUCAGCGGGGCAGAACGAGAGGCUGUGGAGAUAAACAUCAAGUCCCUGACCGUCAAUCCGGACUAUGACCCCAUGACCACAGACGGCGAUGUGACCGUACUGGAGUUGGAAACGCCUUUAAAAUUCAGCCCUUACAUUCAGCCAGUCUGCAUCCCAUCAGCAUCUCAUAUUUUUGCUUCUGGACAGAACUGCAUCGUCUCUGGAUGGGGAGCCCUCAAUCAGUACAGCACUGAGGUGCCUAACACAUUACAGAAAGCAGUGGUGAGGAUAAUCGAUUCAAAAGCCUGCAACACAUUAUCAGUUUACAGAGGGUCUAUCACACAAAACAUGAUGUGUGCUGGUUUUCUUCAGGGGAAGGUGGACUCUUGCCAGGGAGACUCUGGGGGUCCUCUGGUAUGCGAGGUGGCCCCUGGACGGUUCUUCCUAGCGGGCAUAGUCAGCUGGGGCGUUGGCUGUGCUCAGAUUAAUAAGCCCGGGGUUUAUUCCCGUGUCACCAAACUGAGAAACUGGAUCCUGAGUUACACAAACUCUGAGACGCCUCACGUCACCCCAACAGUCCCCAGCGUCACAAACACUGCGGUUCACCUUGGUAAAACAAUGAAACCACCUUCGGACAUUCCCAGUAAUGAUGUUCAGUCUGCACCUGGGAACUGCAGUGAGAAUUAUAACUGCGGUGGAGGCGAGUGUAUAAACAAGAUAAAUCCAGAGUGCGACAGAGUGGCUGACUGCUCCAAUGGGGCUGACGAGAAAAACUGUGACUGUGGUCGGCGUCCAGCCGUUGGCCAGGGGAGGAUUGUUGGUGGCAUCACCGCUCGGAGAGGCGAAUGGCCUUGGAUUGGUAGCCUUCAGUACCAGCGCACUCAUCGCUGUGGUGCUACGCUUAUCCACUGUAAAUGGCUCCUAACGGCAGCUCACUGCUUUAGAGGGGAUCUGAAUCCUGCUGGCUGGAGGGUGAGUCUGGGCUCCGUCAUCUGGUCCGGAGUGGGUGCUUUAUCGAUUCCAGUGCAGAGAAUCAUCCCCCACCCUGGUUUCAACAGCACCAACAUGAACUUUGACGUGGCCCUGGUGGAGAUCUCCAUCCCGGCACCCCAGUCCUACACCAUUCAGACUGUCUGCUUGCCUUCACCUGUACACAGCUUCACGAAAACUACGGAAUGCCACAUUGUUGGAUGGGGAGCAGUUAGGGAGGAGGGUACAGUAACCAAUUUACUGCAGAAGGCACAGGUUAACGUCAUCGAUCAGAUGGAUUGCCAGCAAGCUUAUGGCACUCAACUUACCAACAACAUGAUGUGCGCAGGCUCAAUGGAAGAAGUUAGGGAUACAUGUAUGGGAGAUUCAGGGGGACCUCUGGUGUGCCGUGAGCCUCAGGGCCGGUGGUUUUUGGCUGGGGUGACCAGCUGGGGUCACGGCUGCGGUCGGAUUGGCUUCCCGGGGGUUUACAUGCGAGUUACAGCCGUCAGAGAAUGGAUAUCGACAUACCUCCCUUUUUAAAUAUAACAAGCUAUCUGGACAUUAUGAAAGUUGCAGCCAUGCCUCUCAGCCAAAACGGAUCAAUUCAACGCGGUGCUUCUGAUGUCACUUUGACCAACACGUACUGUUUAAUAUUUAUUUUUGGUAUUUAUUAUCAACACAUUCCGGUCUAUGAUACAGUAUAACUUUGAUGUAAUAUGACUUAUAAUAAAAUAAACCAGGAAUCUGUUUGCUUUCCGAAUUUUUAUGGGAAAAUUUUGCAGUAUGGAUUUUGAAAUAAACAUGUUCAACAUAUCGGACUGUCACACACUCUCAUUGGUAGAAAGACAAUGAAAUAUUUUAAAACAAAUGUGUAAAUAUUGUAAAUUGAGGGCAUACAAAUUCUGAUC